AUGUCGCACAACAGUUUUGGUCACUUGUUUCGUGUCACAACGUGGGGGGAAAGCCACGGCCCGGCCAUCGGCUGCGUGAUCGACGGCUGCCCGCCUCUUGUCCCGCUGACGGAGGGUGACAUCCAGGGCUACAUGGAAUUGCGCAAGCCCGGCCAGUCUCGCUUCACAACACAGCGGCGUGAGGCAGAUGAGGUGAAGAUCCUGUCCGGCGUUAUGGUCGAUGACGACGAGGUCCAGAAAACCACCGGUACACCAAUCUCCCUGAUGGUUGAAAACACGGAUCAGAGGUCGAAGGACUACUCGCAGAUCAAGGAUCGGUUCCGGCCCGGGCAUGCGGAUUUCACAUAUGAUGCCAAGUACGGUAUUCGCGACUAUCGCGGCGGUGGCCGUUCGUCCGCACGGGAAACCGCCAUGCGGGUCGCAGCCGGAGCUGUUGCCAGAAAGGUUCUUCAGGGCGUUACAAUUCGUGGUGCUCUGGUCCAGGUGGGAGAGCACAAGAUCGACCGGGAAAACUGGGACUGGUCGGAAAUCGGCAACAAUCCGUUCUUUUCACCGGACCCUCAGGCUGCCGGGCUCUGGGCAGAUUAUCUUGAUGGUGUCAGAAAGGCCGGGUCAUCCGUCGGCGCAGUCAUAGAGGUCGUUGCCGAAGGUAUCCCGGCGGGUUGGGGAGCGCCGAUCUAUGGCAAGCUGGAUACCGACCUGGCCGCGGCGAUGAUGUCGAUCAAUGCGGUCAAGGGUGUAGAGGUCGGCAAUGGUUUUGAAGCUGCCAGCCUGACCGGAGAAGAAAAUGCCGACGAGAUCCGCGUGGAUGAUGUCGGCAGACCGGUCUUCCUGACGAACAAUUCCGGUGGCGUUCUUGGAGGUAUCUCCAAUGGAGACCCGUUGGUCGUGCGCUUUGCCGUCAAGCCGACGUCGUCAAUCCUGACCGAGCGCAAGUCGAUAACCCGGCAGGGCGAAGAAGUGGAUGUGAUGACGAAGGGACGGCACGAUCCGUGUGUCGGUAUCAGGGCGGUUCCUGUGGGCGAAGCCAUGAUGGCGUGCGUACUUGCCGACCACUAUCUGAGGCAUCGCGGUCAGAUUGGGUAG